AUGUAUUUCAUACACGGUUUCCUAUAUAUAAAGCAACCUACAACUUCGAUUUUAUUUCAGACAUUCAGGGAGCAACGCAUAGAUGGCGCAGGACUGCCACUUCUCACUGAAGAACACCUCACAUCUACGAUGAAUAUGAAACUGGGACCUGCAUUGAAGUUACGCUCCAUACUGGCGAAAAAAUUAGGUUCCUGUAAUGUCUGCCUACACUGCUCACACUGCCACAACUCGGCAGGAAGUUCCGGCUCACCGGAUCCCUCCGUCCACAAUACCGGAAAUACGUCAGAUUCCGGAGGCACGUCUUGAAGUCUCGAGUCUACUAUAUUCACUGUCUUCCAUGUGAUUAACAUUUCUUCGGGAAAUGUUGGAAAACUUUAUAUAUGCAUAAUAUAUGUGAUUGUAAUAUCAAGAACGUGAAUAUCAAAGGAUGACACUUUGAAAAUUUUUGCGAAUGCGCUAUCCUCGCAGAACUAUAACACUUUUCUAAGCUCAUAAAUUCAUACCUCAGGUGCAGUUUUUAGCAUUAGUCUGAUGCAACCUCAUUGGUAGGGUAUGAUAAACUUUAUUUGAACUGAGGGUGUAGAUAAAAUGUUCUCAAUAAUCAAGAAUAUAUUCUAUGCAAAGAUAUUUAGUUUCAGUAGCCUUCCAUAUCUGUGCCGAUAUUUUUCUUAUACUCAUAGACUCCCAAAUAUAGCCCUAAAUAUAUCUGGUAAACCGAGGUUUCGUAACUCCUGGUUACUGGUAAUGAAAAACAUAAUCUCUAUCAUCUCUAUGACCAUCUUAAACAUUUUUUUCGAACAACUUCAGUAAAAUUUGCAAUCUUCCUCAAAUGCAAUAAUUAUUAUAUAUUUUGUAGUUCCUAAAAAUCUCUAUUGAAUCAAUUAUUUGUUUAAUCUGAUAUAAAUGUUUGCUCAAUAUGUAUCAUAUUCAAUAUAUAAUGUUACAAGGUACUUACCAAGGUAAGAGAUUAGGCCAGGUGCGAUCUCCUUCAUGGUAUGUGUUUGCUUGAUUCUAGGUGCUAUACAAAAUUUCUAACUGGAUCACGAAUAAUGUCGAAGAUGUUUUUAGUUUAAAAGAGAACACCUCCGCAGGGAUAACCAUUAAAACUUUUUUUAUAUCCAUCAAGAACUGAGUUAAAGUUUGAUGGUUAUUAUAUUAACCUUUAGAGAUAGCUAAAUGACCAUUAACAUCUCAUAUCUUGGUAUGUAUCAUACGUAAGUACUUAAGCAGAUAUGUAAAUAUUUUUGUAUGAAAAAAUGCGAUUUGUGUUUUAUAUGUAAAAGAUUUGAUGUCAUAUAUUUAUAAAACUUUGAUAUGUCUCUUUAGUUUCAUACUAAAGGCGUAUUUUACUCUUUAAUUUGUACAGUAUUUCCGAUUUACUUUGCGAAUUACUCGUAUGUUUGUGUACCUUCUAUUUUGUAAAUGAACUUAAGAAUAAAGUAUGAUUUAUA